AUGACACCACCUCCGACGAAGAAGGUGAUUCGUCGAAAAUCAUUUUGCCCAUCCUGGCUGGAAGAUCCGGAACUUUCACCAUGGCUGGCAAAAUGCGAGGACAAUCCAUACAAAUCACAAUGUAUUGUUUGCAAGAAGACGUUGGAAGGUGGCAAAGCCGAUUUGCUCAGGCAUUCCCGCACAAAGCUACAUAUGAGAUUAGCACAGUCCCAAGUAGCAUGCCAUGCAGGAGAAUCGUCAUCGGAAUCUGUAUCCACAACCACAACGUCUUUUGUGGACGACGUGAAGGAAGCAGAGAUCACAUGUGUUCUAGGUAUUAUAGAACAUAGUAGGAGUUUCCAUUCGUACAACCAUUUUACGAAGAUGAUGUGUCGAGCAGGAAAGGACUCGAACAUCUUAUCCAAAAUGACGCUGAAACGAACAAAAAUUAGUGCAAUAAUUAAGAAUGUCUUGAAUAAAGCAGUUGUUGACAAGGUCACAGCCAUAUUAAGGGUCAACCCCUUUUCCGUACUCGUCGAUGAGAGUACGGAUGUGUCUGACAAUAGAAACUUGUGCAUUCUUGCACGAUAUACGUACAAAGGCACUAUUCAAACGUAUUUAUUGGAUUAUUUUCGCCUCAAAGAUGCAACAGCGGAUUAUAUGUACAAAUGUUUCCAAUACACCAUGGAGAAGUACAAUUUGCCUAUGACCAACGUUGUUGGCAUUUGUACUGACAAUGCAUCCGUUAUGCUUGGGAAGCAUAACUCUUUCGUUUCCCGGUUAUUGGAACAAAAUAAAAAUGAAGUUGUGACAUUGCCGUGCAUUUGCCACUCGAUGCACUUGGUAGCUUGUCGUGCAUGUGAACACCUACCGAAGGACAUUGAAGAUUUCUUACACAUGCUGUACAGUUAUUUCUCCAAAAGUGACAAGAGACAGCAA